GUAGAACAAAAGUGCUCCUACUUUCACUUUCGUGUUUAUCAAUUUGAUCUGGCCUUAAGCAGUAAUCCUGUUCUUCACGAUUCUCCGCUCUGCAUAUUUUGUAAUAUCUCAUAUUUGAUUAAAUCAGAACAAAGAAAUGGAUAAUACUUCGCUUGAAAAAACAAAAAGUCAAGAAACUAAAUAUUGCCGGAUAAAAUUUUGGCUUCCGCGUAUCUCUUUGGUAGGAAACAUAGUCCUAUGUGUAUUCAUAUACUAUGAAUGGUCAUUUUGUCCUCAUAAAAUUUCACAGGAACCCACAAUUUGUAGGACAGUCACAAAGAAGCCUCAUGAAAACGACACUAUUCUGCUGAUAUGGCUGUUGCCAUCUGGAAAUGUUUUUGACUCAAAUUCCUGCAGUUCCAGAUUUAAUAUAGAUGGCUGUUACUUGACUGAUAAUAAAGAGCUGUACAGCAAGGCCCAUGGGGUUUUGAUAAAUCACAGAGACAUUAAGGACGAUCUGUCAAACUUACCCACCGAGCCGCGGCCCUUCUUUCAGAAAUGGAUAUGGAUGAACUUUGAGUCCCCACAAAACACAAGACGACUUGAGGGUCUGGAGAACCUGUUUAAUGUGACGCUAAAUUACCGGUGAGACGCUGAUAUUGUUAUGCGUGAGCAAAUUACACUUAAAACGGAAGAUACUGAGGAUAAGAUAUUCCCACACGUUCUGGACAAAAAGGACAAGUUAGUUUGCUGGAUCGUGAGCAACUGGAAUGAGAACUUUGAACGGGUAAAAUAUUAUAAUGACUUGAAUAAACACAUUCAAAUUUCUUUGUAUGGGGAACAUUUUGGAAAAAGAUUAAAUCAGGAAGAAUACAAGGAAACACUGACCAGUUGUAAGUUCUAUUUAUCAUUUGAGAACACAGCCAUUCAUUACGACUACAUGACAGAAAAGAUCUUCAAUCCACUCAAUCUAGGAUCAGUGCCGGUCGCUCUUGGGCCUCCAAAAUACAUAUAUGAUCAAUUUCUGCCAAAAGACGCUUUCAUCCACGUGGACGAUUUCUCCAGCCCUCAAAAGCUGGCCGAAUAUCUAAAGUCACUGGACCAGAAUGUGGAAGAUUACAAGAAGUAUUUUCAGUGGAGAAAAAACUUUCAAGUGAAACUUGUCGAUUAUCCCAUUGAGCAUAUGUGCAGAGCCUGUCAAUACAUACGUGCAAAGAAAGAUUAUCAAGUGUUUGUGAAUCUGAACAAAUGGUACUGGGGUGUCAUAGACAGUAACUAAAAAUCCCUUGUCAGUCUUUGACAGCCGCCCAAUCACAGUGGAGAAGAGGUGGGAUUAACACUUCAUUGAUGACCAUAAUACACAACAAUGGAGAAGUUGAUAUCAAUAGUUACUGAAUUUAAUUAAGUAAUAUUCUUUAAAAUAAGAUACUAGUUAUAAGGAGGCCAACUGUUGCCGAUAUUCUAAAAUACAGCAACAAACACAUGUCCGGAAUAACGUGCAGUGCCUCCUAAACGCCACCAGAUGGUCGUUUUCAGAAGAGCAUUCUAAUCCGUGUUCUAAAAAGCAAGAUCAUGUCCCAAUAUAUAUUUCAUGUUGGCAGACAUUAAUACUUUUAUUAAGAAACCACAUCUAAAUUUAAAUGAUUUGACAAAUUACAAAUCCUAUUUCGAUUAUUCCAAAACAUCAUAGCGACACACAAAUGAUAUAUAUAAAAUGUUUAAGUGCCAUGUCAAUUACAAAGUAUUAACACAGUUUUUGUAAUGCUACAAGCCCUCUUGCUAUUUAAUCCACCUGGUCUACACAAAUUUAAUUAAUGAUGUAAUGUAAGGGGAUAUAUUGACUUAAUUAUUCCACUCUAUUGCAAAUGUGAUAGGAAAAGUAAUUCUUUGUUAUGAAUUGUUAUAAUCUCGAUUUCUAUUUGUAGCCUGUUAACUGGCACCCAUUCUGUAUAGGGAGAGUAAUUCAUUAUUUUCUAUAAAGAGUUUGCUUUGA